UCCCCCGAUUAAGAACGUCCAUCUUACGUACAACUCGUACAUUCUGACGAAUUACCAUAAAUCGCAUUAUAUUAAAAAUUCGGAUUAAACACAAUGGUUUGUAAUAACGAAUGCACAUACUACUUUGUGAUGCUCGUGAAAAUGUGGCGCAGCUUCAGCGGUUCGUCGGCUCGAGAAUGGGUGGCGUAUGUAGAGAAGUUGUGACCCUGCAGCUGGGACACUAUUCAAACUUUGUCGGGACACAUUGGUGGAAUUUACAGGAUGCAUCUCUGUCCUACGAUCCAGAUUUACUGGUGCCUCCAAAUGAGCUACAAAGCGAUGUGUUGUUUCGUGAAGGGUUGACGCUAGGGGGUCAGGUCACAUACACCCCCCGCCUCAUUGCCAUGGACCUCAAAGGUAGUCUCCAGACAUUACGGCAGGAAGGUAUCCUGUAUGAUACUAGGAAAGAGCGCAAGUCCUCAGCAUGGGAAGGAGAAAUGGUGACUUAUAAGGAGUGUCCUCCAACAAAGAACUCUUUUCUUCAGGAUUUGGAUAAACUGGAUGAGGGGGAAAUACUGUCUGAAGUGGAUUUCAACAUGUCCCAGCUGCCUCAGUGCCCAGGAGGGAACAGAUUGUCCCAGACAGGGUCUGUGGCCGUGGAGACGGUGAACAGCAGCUUGGAGCGUGUUCGGAAAGGGUACCAGAUGGAGGGCAGUGUGAGAGUGUGGUCCGACUUCCUGCGCAUCCAUCUCCACCCACGCACCAUCACUGUCAUUAAUCAGUACAACCACGAUGGAGAAUCCCAACGUUUAGAAGCAUUUGGCCAAGGGGAGGCACUGCUCCAGGGUUCUUUGCUAGAGGAGCUGGAAGACAAGCUGCACUUCUUUGUGGAGGAGUGUGACUACCUGCAGGGGUUUCAGGUACUGUGUGACCUCGCUGAUGGCUUUUCAGGCUUAGGGUCAAAGGUCACAGAGAUGCUGCGAGACUCCUACGGCAGUCGUGGAAUCCUUACAUGGGGUGUUGCCCCUGUCAGCUAUCCAGAUUCUAACCUGAUAAAAGAUGUGUACCACAUGAUGAAUUAUGUCCUGGGCACAGCCAGCCUGGCCAAUCACAGUUCCUUCUUCUGCCCUUUGACCCUCAGAGGUGGGCUGGGGCGACGGCCCUUGCCCCCCAUUGCAUUCCCUCACCUUCAUUAUGAUCCCACCUUGUGGUAUCACUCCAGUGCCAUUCUGGCUCUUGCCCUGGACUCCCUUACUGUGCCCUAUCGGCUGAGAUGUAACAGUGCCCCCAUGUGGCAAGUUGCAGACUCAUUGGCUGCGUGUGGAAGAAAGGUGGUGGCUGCGUAUGGAGCUGUCCCAUUUCCCAUGAUGCAAGGCAGCUGCCUUCCUGAUGCUUUGCACAGUUACAGAGAUGCACUACCAUGGAGACCCCUAUCAGCAUGUCGUGAGCUGAACGACAGGUGCUCCUUUGGCCAGUGGGUGACACUUCGUGGUCUAGAGGGACAGAAGCUAGUCAGCACUCUGACCCCCGGGAUACAGCCCCCCUCUCCAUUACACAGUGCCCGCUGUGGUGAAGAAGUUAUCGCCUCUUAUGUGAGCUCUUACUACCCUGCCAGCCCACUUGCUGUGCAGCUGGUUUCCAGCCCCAGUAAACUCACCCCUCCCUUCCCUCAGCUUUUCCACCAAACUCUAAGCCCACAGGGAUUCCUGCAGAGUGAGGCCACAUCUUCUCAAUCUGUGGUUGCCUCCGUCCCAGUGCUCUCCUCCCUCCAGUCUUCUCCAGCUCUGGGGCCCUGGCUGGCUGCAUUGCAGCAGGGGGCAUGUGCGCUCGAUCUUCGCCGCGUGGCUCCCAGUUUCUUGUCUCAGGGGCCUGAGCAAGCGGAGUUGCAGGAGACCCUGGAACAGCUGGUCAACCUUGCCCACUGUUAUCACCAUGACAGCAGUGGGGCCACCUCCUCCUCUGAUGAAGACUAAUUGGAACUAUGAGGAAUGUCCAAUGUGCAGUAUGAAGAAAUGCCCAGAGGAGUGGAAAUAUGAGGAUAUAGAAUAGGAGGGUCCAGUGAGGAUGAAGAACUUGAAGGUGUAAAACAGAGACUGAUGGAGGGAAUGUGUGUUUUAUAUGAAGUCAGAAGUAUUUGUAUCUCCAGAAUGAUUCCUGUAAGACUCCUUCAGAGACCUGUGGAUGUGUACAUAAGUUUUAUUAAAUGCUCUGAAUGCUGUUUCGGAUUAAAUGUCGUUCCAUUUUGA